AUGGUUAACAACGGCUUCAGUGCAGCUUCCCAGCUUAAAACAAAGCUGAUAAGCCCAAUGGCACUUGUAUUUAAUUUAGCGGCUUUGCCACGAUGGAGUAGUCCCGUUGUGCUUAGGAUGGGGCUGCGCUCUUAUGCUGGGGGCCCCAGAACAAAGCAUAAAAAGUUCUCCCCACAGCCUCCAGUGCCCGCAAGCAAUGGUAACAAGAACAGGAAACAGAAUAAAAGGGGCAGGAAGAAUGAUGCCAAGGCCAAGACUGAACAGGCGUUUAACUUUGGUCAGUACGGAGGGUUGAAAAAAGACGUCGACGUCGACGUUAAUACGACCGGUAAACUCAUUCAGAAAAUAUCAAAUUUCGACCAAUUGCUCAUAUUGCCAUCUGUCAGGGAUGCUAUGAAAGAAAUCAUCUCUAAGGAGUCGUUGAAAAUCCAGGACAACAACACUAAAAACACCAGCGAGAACAUCAUACCGAGUCCCAUCCAAGCGGUGGCCAUUAAGAAAAUCUCCAAGACUUUGAUGAGCCCCAAAUUACAACUGCAUGCCAUCGCUGCAGAAACCGGCUCAGGCAAGACCAUGGCCUACUUGAUACCUUUGAUAGAUUAUUUGAAGAGACAGGAGCUGGAAACGCCGGAACUGUGGGAGACACUCAAAGAAAAAGCUUUGAUCAGGUCCAUUAUACUAGUGCCCACGCACGAAUUAGUGGACCAAGUGUAUGAAACCGUCUCCAAGACAAACUCCUCAUUGGGGCUGAACUCCUUCAAAUGGGACAAGACCACCUCGUACCGCGACCUAUUGGACCACAUCAAAAACAGAAUAGACAUUCUGGUCACCACUCCGGCAAAGCUACUGAACCUGUUCAGCAUUAGGAUGAUCUCUAGGCCCGACAAAAUUCUGUCCAAAGUGGGGUUUGUGGUAUUAGAUGAAGCUGACACCCUUUUGGAUAGAUCCUGGCUUGAAGAAACCCACUCCGCCAUAAAGAAAAUCCCCAACAUCAAUCACCUUAUCUUUUGCUCCGCCACCAUUCCUCAAGAAUUCAACAAGACAAUGCAAAGACUUUUCCCCACGGUGGUCCCCAUCAUGACACCUAGAUUGCAUAAACUGCCGUUCGGUCUGGAUUUUAAAGUUAUAAACUCUGCAUUGAGCCCCUUCAAGGGUUCCAAGAUUAAGGCGUUGGCGCAAACUCUCUACGCCAUUUCCAACGAUGACACUGAACCCGGGUUUGAGAAAAGAUGUGUUAUCUUUGUCAAUGAGAAAAAGGACGUCCCUGAAAUCAUCGAUACUUUAAAUAGCAAGUUCGGACAUAAUGCCGUUGGUCUAACUGGUGAUGAUACAACCGAAGAAAGAUCUGAAAAAAUCACUCCCUUUCUGUCUUCACCAAGACCAAUCUCGCAGUUAAGGCCUCCAGAGCCAUCUCCAGAGCCCCCCUUGAAGCGACUGGAAAUUCCUGAUUCCAACAUCGUCAUUGGUGAAUUGAAAAAGGCAAAUUCAGAUGCCAUUAUACCCAAAAAGAAGUCCCUGCACGUGCUUGUAGCUACAGACCUAAUGGCCAGAGGCCUCAACUUCAAAGGCGUACGGAACGUUGUUCUCUACGACGUGCCGAAAACAUCCAUCGAUCUGAUACACAGAGUGGGCAGAACUGCUCGAAUGAAACAAGGUGGUCGUGUGUUCAUGCUGAUUGACAAUAGGACAAAAUCUUGGGCUAAAGCCCUUCCAAAAAUUAUCAAGAAACACCAAAGGUUAUCGUAA